AUGUUUGGUCAUUUUUUCAAGCAAGAAAAGGAAGAAAAAAAAAGAAAGAAAGAAGGAAGAGAAAGGAAAGGAAAAAUUGGUGACAUCCAAAAUAUGGGAAGAAUGUUUGUCGUCGUAAAAGUGGUAGGAGGAGGAAGAAAGGUGGAAGAGGAGGAGAAGAAGGAGGAAAAGGAAUGGAAGGAGGAAGAGGAGGAGAAGGAGGAGGAAAAUUGUGUGAAAAGGAUGAAAUGA